AUGAAAUUCGGUAAAUUUCUUCAAGAAAAUAAAGCGCGCUUGCCCAAAGCGUGGACUGAUCAAUUCAUCAAUUAUAAGCAAAUCAAAAAGUUUCUAAAAUCCAAUGUUACCCCCAACACUCUCUCAUUUGAUCUGACCCAACUUACCUGGAAACCAAAUCCACCCAAUCAACCAUCAUUCGCUAACAAAGUAUCAGAACGUCUCGGUUUAUUACAAGUGAAUACUACUAAAUUCCUUGAAUUUCUUGAUGCUGAAGUACAAAAGGUAUCCGAUUUUUUUGAGGAACAGAGCUCACAAUUGUUCCGAAUGUAUGAUGCAGCAGUUGGAAAACCAGAAGGCCUAAAUCAGAAAGAUGCUGAUGAAUCACUGGAGGGUAUCGUUCAGUUGGAGAAUUUCGCAUUGUUGAAUUAUACGGGUGUCGUGAAGAUAUUAAAGAAGCACGACCGACAUUCCGGAUUGAAUAUAAGUGAAGCAUACCUGUAUAGGACUGCCUCCUUACCGUUUGUAAAGAUGGGGGAUUUAUCUACUUUAAAAAAAACCUUAAUGGAUAAAUUUUCUGGAUCUGCUGUAACAUCCAACAAUACAGUCCCGAACCUAUCCAAGCGAAAGUAUGCGCCAUCGAAAGAUCACAGUCUCUUCCCGUCAGUUGCACUUCUUCCUCACCAUAAGGUUAUUGUAUCAUUGACUGGAUCGCAUGGGACAGAUGUUAUCGGGUGCGUAUUGGAAAGCAUGGCAAAAUUCGGUGUCGAAAUCGAAGAUUUCAUGUUGUCCCGAUUAUACCACAAUGUUACGUUUGGCGUCUUGAUUGUUCUUCGUUCGAAUAGUGUCGAAUUGUUUCGUGAUCUUGCUAAAUCUGCUCAGAAGUGGGAUGGUAUACUUGCGUUUGACAUUCAUGACAAAGAACAAACGCUGCCAAAUUCUAUAGAGGAUGCCCCAUAUGAUAAUCGUAUGAAGUAUACUGCAACAGUGUUGAAUGGGAAUGGUCUGACUGCCCAGUUCCUUAAUGAGUGGACUAAGUUACUACUUAGGGAAAAUAUAUCUGUUGAAAAAUUAAAGAGGUUGAAUGAAGGCAAAGUUUCGUGCGCAGACUAUGAAUUAUCUGUGCCUAUAGGGGUCGACAUUGAUAACCUAAGACAGGAUUUGUUUCAGUUGAGCAUUAGUCAUGGAACGGAUGUUGCUCUGCAACCACACGACGUGUUCAGAAAACACAAGAGAUUGGUGGUUUUUGACAUGGAUUCGACACUCAUUCGCCAGGAAGUAAUCGAUGAAAUUGCAAGAAUUGCCGGUGUGGUAGAUAAAGUCGCUAGCAUUACUCAUAGUGCAAUGAAUGGAGAGAUUGACUUUAAAGAAUCGUUGCGACGUCGCGUAGCUCUUUUAAAGGGAACACCAGUAGGAGUGUUGGACACUGUCAGAGAUGGCUUACAAUUUACCAAGGGCGCCCAUGCUUUAUGCAAAGCAUUAAAGAAGAUUGGGUUUAAACUUGCGGUGAUCUCUGGUGGAUUCAUGCCGCUCGCCCAGUACGUUAAACAAGAAUUAGGUUUAGACUAUGCAUUUGCAAAUCAGUUGAAGGUAUCCCAAGAUGGUCUAACACUUACGGGCGAGACCUUUGGACCGAUUGUUGACGGUGAGCGCAAAGCCGAGUUACUUGAAGUCAUUUCCCAAGCGGAAAAUGUAUCGCUUGAUCAGGUGAUCGCUGUUGGCGAUGGAGCGAACGAUCUUUGGAUGCUGGCAAGAGCAGGACUUGGAAUAGCAUUUAAUGCAAAACCAAGAGUUCAGGAACAGGCGAGAGCACGCAUAAAUCAGCAUAGUCUGAAAUAUGUCUUAUACUUAUUAGGGUAUACAGAUGAAGAAUUAAAACAAUUAGGUUGUAAUGAUGCGAUUGUGCGUAAGAACGCGAAAAGUUCUCCUGACAUGGCUACUUGA